GGCUUUAAGGGGUUAAUCUGCAAGCCCAACGUCUUGUCCAUUCGCGUUUCUCACCUGGAAUUAUGUGAUCAGGCGAGGAGGCAUGCAGGCAGGCACUCGUCCCACUUCCUGCUCAACGUAACAGAUUUUGAGCGCAGUCUAAGACACUCAGCUAGAUCUAUAGCUUAACAGCUUGAAAUUCGCUUCUAUUGAUCAAGGAACGGGACAUUAAUUUCGUGAAGGCCUGAGUUUUGAACACAGACACGUACUGCACUGGAAAAUUACUGAACUCUGUGAGACAUGGCGCCGCUACACAAAUGAAGUAAUAAAGGCGCAAUGUGGACAGUAGUGAACUAAAAAAGCAGUUUCUCUGGACCAAUGGGGAAACACCUGAUAACGUGGUCAGUCUCCCAGAGAAUAUGCAAGGCUGCUUCAUGGAUGUCACCAAGACUGGCUUCCCGACACACUUCAGAAGCGUGUUAUAAUCAAAGUCUUCCUGGCAUGCUGGAGAGUACAAAACGCUGUCGAUAUUACACUACUCAAGCUCAGCCAGAAAACUUACUCUUGAAGCAUCUGAAGGCGAGAAUAAAAUCCAAUGGACCCAUGCCAGUUGCAGAUUACAUGAAAGAAGUCCUAACAAAUGCAUAUUCUGGUUAUUACAUGCAUAAAGAUGUCUUUGGGAAGGAUGGAGAUUUUAUCACUUCUCCUGAAGUCAGCCAGAUGUUUGGAGAGAUGCUUGGUGUAUGGGUUGUGAAUGAAUGGAUGAACAACUACAAUGGUCAAACUCUACAGCUGGUUGAACUUGGUCCAGGGAGAGGAACUCUUGCAGAUGACAUGCUCAGGGUAUUCUGCCAAUUUCCAAGCAUCAAAGAUAAAAUAAGUUUGCAUUUAGUAGAAGUCAGUCCAGCCCUUGGCCAAAUGCAAGCAUCAAAGCUUACAGGUAAAGAUACCAGUGAAGUAGAAGAAGGAGAUUCAGAUUGUGUCGGAGCAUAUAGAAAUGCUACGUCCAAAUAUGGCAUUGAUGUGUCUUGGUACCGAAGUCUGGCUGAUGUCCCGCAAGGCCUGUCCUGCUUUAUCGCACACGAAUUUCUUGAUGCAUUGCCCAUUCACAAGUUUCAGAAAACUGAAGCUGGCUGGCGUGAAGUCCUUGUUGAUGAAGAUCCAGGCAAUCCUGAUGCUCUGAGAUUUGUCCUGGCACAUGGAAAAACUCCUGCUAGUGUUGCCUUAUUACAGGUGGAGUCUGAGGAACAGAGAAAUCACAUUGAGGUUUGCCCCAGUGCUGGACUGACAGUACAAGAAAUUUGCCAGCGUAUCCAAUCUGAUGGUGGGAUGGCUUUGCUUGCUGACUAUGGACACAGUGGAGAAAAAGGGGAUACAUUCAGGGCUUUUAAAAGACACAAGCUUCAUGAAGACCCGCUCUCUGAGCCUGGAUCUGCAGACUUGACGGCUGACGUUGAUUUCUCGUAUCUCAAAUCUUUCACCAACGCUGAUGUGGAUGUUUUUGGUCCAGUUACUCAAGAAAAGUACCUCAUAAAUAUGGGCAUUGGAGUGCGUUUGCAGGCUUUACUUCAGAAAUCUAGCCAAGAACAUUGGCCCAGCCUGAUCUCAGGGUUCAAGAUGCUCACUUCACCAGACCAGAUGGGUGAACGAUUCAAAUUUAUGUCCAUUCUUGGGAAGACGGGAAGCUCUUAUAAACCAGCUGGGUUUGUGGAACUCAACUAUGGUGAUGGACAAGGAUCAUCAUAAAUGUAACUUAUAUUUUUACUACUGACUGUGAACCAAAUCAUUAUUAGCAUAAUUGUGCCAAGCUCAGACCUGCCAUAUUGACAUUUGCUAGACUGUCAUGCCACUCUGUGUUCAUUUUAAGCAAAAUUAUUGUCCAAGAAGGCAGUUCUGAACACACAAAAAUAAAAAAUCACCAAAUCUU